AUGUAUUCCCUAAGUUCAAACCCAGAUUUGUCCAACCUCUCAUCGUCUCCGAGGGUGUUCUCUACUCACAUGCCGUUGCAUACACUUCAAGUACCUCUCAAUGACUCUCCUUGUAAGAUUGUGUACUUGUGCAUGAAUUUGAAGGACGUGUUGGUGUCACAUUGGUAUUUUUGGUGCAAUAAUCUAGGUAAAGAAGUGGAGACAACUACAAGCCUUACUUUCGAGUCAAUGUUCGAUUCGUUUUGUAGCGGAGUUCACUUCUUUGGAUCCUUUUGGAAAAAUGUCUUGAGCUAUUGGAGAAAAAGCUUGGAAGAUCCUAAUCAUGUGCUUUUCAUGAGGUUUGAGGAGUUGAAAACAGAACCUCGUGGACAACUUAAGAAACUUGCAGAGUUUUUGGGUUGUCCCUUUAGUGAAGAAGAAGAAGAAAAUAGUGGAUCUUUGGACAAGAUCUUGGAUUUGUGCUCUCUAAGUAAUCUGAGUGAUUUGGAGGUUAACAAAACUGGAAAAACGUCUUACAAUGUGCAUUACUAUAGUUUCUUCCGGAAAGGGGAAAUUGGUGAUUGGAAGAAUCAUCUAACUCUUGAAAUGGAGAACAAAAUUGAUAAGAUCAUCGAGGCGAAAUUUCAUGGUUCGGUUUGA